CGAAUCCGCACGCAUAGUAGAUGUGUUUGGGUGUAGUAAAGCAACGCUAGUGACGCCACUUACCCAUCAGUACCGAAUAGAUGGCCGCGGUCGAUGCAUCGGCAGCCCAAGCUCAAGGUCCUGCCCGUCUGUUUGUUGGAGAACGGUUUACAGUGAACAACGAAUCAAUGUCGAUCGAGUUUCGCUGUUGUUUCGUCACCUGUUCCAGUGUAAACACUUGGUCGAAAAAAAUGCAAGCAACCGACUACUGUGCGGACUUGUGACCGUAUAUAAGUAAUAAAAAAAGCUUGGAUGCACGCCUUCCGCAGAGCAUGAGCCGUUACUUGGUAUCAUCGUCUUGUUUUUUAUUUCUUUCGUUUACGAUUACGCGCCGCCAAUGGCAAGCAGAAAUUACUUGGAUUUUCAAUACUUUUCCUUAUUGAUUUUUGUAUUCCUUGCAACUAUCAACUAUACUCGAUCUCAUGAUGAGGGGGAAGAUUACAUUCUAUGUCGAUUGUGUGGAGCUGAUUUAGCAGAUGCGAAAUCAAUUGUCAAUCAUCUGAGUCCGUAUGCCUUUGUGAUAGUUAAUCAAACGCUUUUUCAGCGAAAAGGUGUUGAAGUACAACUUUUGAAAAAUCCAUUGGGCAUUAAAUUCCAGUCUAUUACCUUGUCCAACUCGAAAUGCGCUCCAGUUCACAAUUGGCAGCAAGAUUUUAGUUGGUAUCCCGGAUAUGCUUGGAAACCUUGUAUAUGCAACCACUGCCGAGUUCAUCAUGGAUGGCUUUUUGAACCAAUAGAGACUGUUAAUCUCAGUACAAAGCUUCCGUCGAAAAAAGGAUUUUUCGUCCUUAAGUUAAAUAGUUUGUUAAGUGAAAAUUUUGCUGACUCUUUAAUAGUUGUGCCAAAAUCUUACAGAAAUUAAAAUGGUUGAAUUGACAAAAGAACAGAAAGAAUUCCUUCAGGAAUGUCAAGAAGAAUUUCAAGAUCGUUUUACAGAAAAGGACCAAGAUUUUAUGAAAGUGAAAUCAGGAGAGCCCAAGAAACCACCAAUUGUUGAUCCUUGGUAUAACACGCAACAGAGUUCUAGAAACAAUUAUUCACGUCAAAAUCAUGGGCGGGAUAGACGCAAUCGUGACAGAGACCGAGGAAGAGGAGAUAGGGAUAGAUACGGAGACAGGGGCAGAGGUGACAGGGGUGCCAGGGGUGACAGGGAUAGAGAAAGUCGUUAUGGUGGCGGAAGAAAUCAGUAUCGCCAGUACAGGACAUAUUGAUGAGGAUUUAAAUGAAUAACGAUAUUUUGUGAUAUAAAAAAAUAGGACAAAAUGAAAAUUUGAUAAACUUGGAUAAUAAAGAUUUUUACAGAUUAAAAGAACACUGUUUCACUUGUUAAAAUAUGCAUAACAUGUGUAUUAUUUUAAGCAUUUGAUGACUUACAACAACUCUAUAUACAAACAUAAUAAUAAUAAUAAUAAUAAUAAUAAUAAUAAUAAUAA